CAGUAGCGAAAUUUUUUAGUCUUGCCACACAAACCAGGUCAAGGAAGUGCAGCAGAAAAACUAUUUGCCAAUUUUUUUGUUAUUUUUUAUGGAAUGCUAUUAUGUGUUUCUAUUUAUUAUUUAUUUAAGAUGAUAGUGAGAUAAUGUAGCGCGAUCAACGUAAUGAUUGGAGACAGUGCAAGUGGUUGCUACAGGACAGAAGAAAACUAGGUGGUGUGACAGCUAAAGAAUACCGCAUAGAAGAUUUUAGCUAAAAAAUGGAAACAGCUUUGCAGAUAAUUAAAUAUUUAUAGAUACCGUUGGUGAUAUCAAAUUGUGUAAUAAAUUACUAACGAAAGUAUCCGUGACCUUUUACAUUUUGAAUACUGUGGUACUACAGUUGUUCAAAUAAACACUAUGGAUGGAAGUUUUAUAACUCUUGAUAGAAAGAAGCAAAGUACAGAAUUGCAGAUAGCAAAAACACUAUUUAGAUACAACUUCCUUUGAAGGGAUCAAUUUAAUCAUAGAAGUUUUAUUUAUAAACAUUUUCCAAUUACACAUUGUCUAAAAUGAAAUUAUUGUGAGGACUAAACAAUUCAGGUUGUGAUUUCAUAAUAAAAUACACAACUGAUGCAGAUAAAUAAAUUAAAAAUAAUAGCAAGCAUAUCAUCUUAGUAGCUAUACUGACAGGCUGAAUGUUGUGUACCAUUGCCAAAGAUUGCCUCCAAAAAUGAAUUCCAAAUUCAAAAGUCUUUAGAUUUUUCAAUUAAAAUAUUAAUCUUACAAUGGUUACUUAAUGUUAUAUUAAUAAAAACAAGACAAUAUGGUGUUUAUUUGACUGAAUCGCAAUAAGGGUGGGGUUUAAGUGGGCCUCACACCCUAGAGCCGUGGUGACACUCGGCAGUGAUGAAGAAGCAAAAUGUUCGCACUCUAUCAUUGAUUGUGUGCACAUUUACAUAUUUACUGGUUGGUGCCGCUGUGUUUGACGCAUUAGAGUCCACCACUGAGAGGAACAGAUUCGAAGUACUACAAGCUAUCGAGGGUAUGAUUAUAAGAAAGUAUAAUAUAACUGAAGAGGACUUCCGUGUGAUGGAGACAGUUGUAUUGAAGUCUGAACCGCAUAAGGCUGGACAGCAGUGGAAGUUUACCGGAGCAUUCUACUAUGCCACCACAGUGCUCACCACUAUUGGCUACGGGCACUCAACGCCAGCUACGAUCGGCGGCAAGCUGUUCACGAUGUUCUACGCGAUAGUCGGCAUACCUCUCGGCCUCAUCAUGUUCCAGAGCAUUGGUGAAAGGGUCAACAGACUCAGUAGCGUUAUAAUAAAGUCAAUAAAACGCGCGAUGAACUGCAAGCAGACCAGUGCGUCUGAAGUGGACCUCAUAUGUGUGGUGACCACUCUCUCGUCGCUGACGAUAGCUGGCGGAGCCGCCGCCUUCUCCAAGUUCGAGGGUUGGAGUUACUUCGACAGCGUGUAUUAUUGUUUCAUCACGUUGACUACUAUCGGUUUCGGCGACAUGGUAGCCUUACAAAAGGACAACGCGUUAAAUCGCAAGCCGUCAUAUGUGAUGUUCGCACUGAUCUUCAUCCUGUUCGGGCUAGCGAUAGUGGCGGCCUGUCUCAACUUGUUGGUGUUGCGGUUCGUCACCAUGAACACUGAGGACGAGAAGAGAGAUCAGGCUCAGGCUGAACAGGCGCAGCAGGUGGCGGUCCGGCUGGAGGGCGACGUCAUCACGGCGGACGGCGCCGUGCUGCGCGGCGUGUCGCGCGGCACCCGCCUGCCCGCAGACCCGCGCCAGAUCACUGCCGGUGACACGUCGUUAGUACCGCUAUAUGUAGACGAGGAGUACGCUCCAAGUGUGUGCAGCUGUUCGUGCAACUGCUUUGGACCAAAUAAAUCAAUACCAUACCGCGACCCAUUAUCACCAGUACCACCGACCAACAUCAAGCAAAUCAAAUCUAAAAACUACCGAGAACUAGGUAGUAUACCUCGCUACAUAGAGAAGUCUUCCUCGAAGAACCGCUCGCAGUCUCUCCGACUGAACUCUGCUUCGGGCUACCUCUACAUGAACGCAAAAGCAAACGACUUCCAACUAGACCCAGAAGACUUCCGCGAGAUGGUCGCCAAACGCCGGGAACAACUCCGUAGAGGCAUGAUGAUGUACGAAAUGAGGUGUAACAACAACGAACAGUACCUACACCCCUACAGACAUAGUCUUAGCACACGGCUAGAAACAAGCCCCCAUAGCUCCUCACUCUAUUCCAUGAAUAUGAGGUCAGAAAACCGCAGCAACGACCCUUUAGUCGACGACUACGACUCAGAGAAGUCUAGCUACGCGAAAAAGAAACUAAUGAAGAAUAUAGCGAGGAACACAAGCAAUAAACGCGUAGAAAACUACUUCUACGAUGAUGCUGUGCUACACUUCGACGACGAAUACGCUUUCGAUGGCUCUAUAUUGUUUGCUAAGAGAAGAAAAUCUAUAGAGAGGAAUUGGGAGGAUUAUACUUGCGAGAUGCCGAGGAACCAUGCAGCGGACCAAGUGUCGAACGACGGCAGCUACGGGUACUACCUGCCCGACGACGAGGAACAAGAUCAGUACUUUGUAAACGACACACUUACAUUCCAACUGCCCCCCCACAGGGCCAGCAUAUAGUGUUGUGACACCAGCCAACAACACUAGUGCCAAAGUAGGUUAGUGUUAGUCUACUAAAUAAAUGGGCCAAUUAAGUAAAUAACCGAUAAUUAAUAGUAAUUUUACAAUUUUCGCGGUAGCAUCCGAGUUUGAAAGUUAUUUAGCUUUUACACAUAGUUUAUAGUUGUCGCGUUUUUUAUUAUAAUUCUAUGAUAUGAGCUUGGCUUCCUUGUAGAUAUUGUAAUAUAGUGUUUUUAAGGCUUGUCGUGCGAUGAGCGUUUGGGCUUCGUUAAGUUUUUGGGCACUACGUCGUGCAAACAACAAAUACGCUAUUGAAAUAAUACUCCCUAUUUAUGUAAGAAUCAAACAAAUCAAGUCAAAUUAAGAGUUUCAUACUUAAUAGACGUCAUCUCGAUCUUGUGCUAGAUAUCCAGAAUUUAAUAACUGUUUUAAUUAUUAACCUUCAUUUUUUAUUCACUUAAACAGACCAAUUUCCAAUAGAAAACUCUCCUGAAUACUGAAUCUGCGUAUUUACCUACACUGUGCCAAGUCAGUUUUUCCGUUCUAUAAAGAUAAAAAUGGCGUAAAAUACGACGUAGUGUACUUGAUUUUGUAAUUUAUUUCAAUAUCGGAGUGUUACGUGUAGACACUGUUACGAGACACAUUACAAUGAAAAUUAACGAGCUUAUCCAUACAGAAUGGCUAACAGAUAUACAAACAGAUCAUAAAUGAGUGAGCAAACAUUACUAGCAUGAAUAUCUAACUUGAAUAGUACCAGCAUAAUAAUAAAUGGGAAGUUUUGAGCUAUGAUCACCACGCUAACUCACUGCGAGUUGGUGAUUUCAUAUUCCAAUACUGGCAAUUCACAUUUUCUGUAUAGAUGUACCUUCAAAAGUUCGUUACGAACGGUAAACCGACUGAGCUUGCUAUAAUGUUGAGACCGUACCCGACUUCUUAACUAAAGGAGGUAUCUACUUUAAGUAUUUUAAGAAACUUCAGAUAAACGGUUAUAGAAAUAAAGAGCAGUCAAAAGGUUUUGAAUUUGAAAUGUAACUUCAUUGACACAGGUAUCUAUCCUGCAGCCUGUGUAUCAUUUGCCGGUCGUUAUUAUUAUUACUGCAGUAAGAAAUCAACUUUACACUGCCAGUCAAGAAAAUAACUCGUAAAUUAAUCCUUAAAAUACAAGACAUCAUUUUAUUCAUGCUGGUAAUGAUUGCCAAAGUAAAAUAAUUUUUGAAAAUUGUAGAAACAUUUUGUCUUCGAUAAGCGGAUUGCAGUCGCAUUUAGAUAAAUUAAGGGCCUUAAUAUGGCGUACUUUUUAUUUAGCAAUUUUACAUACAAGAAGCGAAGUUUAAUCUAGUAGAUUCUUUUCAGCUUAAUUCGCUACAUGUAUUUUUAAUGACAAAUCCAAGUCACUUCCUAGAAUUUUUUGUUAAUUAUUAAAUCAUACAAGCCCAUUUUUUAGUACUAUUUAUAUUGCCAAAAUAUACAUUAAUAUAUUAUAUGCCAAAGAUAUUAAUUUUGAUUUUAAUCAAAAUUAGUUUGUAUUUCAAGUAAAAUGAAAUGUUAAUCUGCCAAAUUGUAACUUAUCAGUAUUUACUUUAAUUGUAAGAAAAUUGUAUUAUUUUACCAAUCUCAAAGAUUUUUAAGAGUUUAUUAAAAUGAGAGAAAUCAUGAUUUUAUGAUUAAAAAUGUCUAAAAGUCAAACUGAAAAGUUUAAAAUUGUUUUAUCUAACACAAAGUGGCUGUUUUGAGUAUUAGCUCCAUAAAUUCGUUAAAAGAGUUUUUAACUCUUAAUUAAAAUUAUAGUAAAAGGAAUACUCAGAGCAAAUAUAGGCUCUAUAAUGAAAAUGCGUCAUAAGAAAAACAUAUUAUGUCUAGUCUUUUGGUUUUAAUUAAACUAUUAUAUCACGGGUAUAAGUUGCUCGGGGAAACAUUUUUUUUUGACACAUUCCGAUUAUUCUUCCAAUCACAAACAUGUAUGUUUACGCACAAAAUAUGAAGUGUCAUUGUUCGAUAUUAUAGACACGAAUUGUGUAUCAAUCAGUGAUGUUAAAGCAUUCGUGUAUGAUCGACGAAGAAUACCGAUGAUUACCGAUGUUUACCGAAGUACCUUAUAACCGUGCUUUCACAUACUAAGUGAAAAUGUAUUAUAAAAGUUGUCGAGUAAAAUAAUACACAAACACAGUCUUCCACUGUAUUUUGGAAUUAAGACAUUUAAUUUACGGCGUGACAAAUUUAUACUUACAUGGUUGUAAACUAUUCGUUUACAAAAUGGUAUUUUAACUUAUUUGUUAAUAAUCGUACUGAAUAUGAAAUAUUGAAAUGUAAAUUAUCUAGUCGGAUAUGUGAAUACUAUGUUUAAGAAACGUCUAGUCUUAAAUGCGUUUAAUUAGUUUUUAAUAUUUAAGUUAUCUAAGAAAUCCAAAAAAUCACAUUUACAUGAUUUUAUUGAGUUUUUAUCGUUAUAUACUAGAACUGUUUUUUCGUUAACUGCCAAUUUUAUUGUUAUUUUGUUUUAGCUAGUGUUAACACUCAGUAUUUUAUUUGCUGUGAUAAUUUCACUUUUAGUAAAGUAUUCCAUUAAAUAACUCAAAUAAAGUGACAAAAGUAUAAAAAUGUCUUCUAAAGAUCUAACAGUAUUAUUUAAAAUAAUAUAGCGAUAUUAAAAAGUCAAAAUUUAAAGUAAACAUUAACAAAUGUUGGUGUCGUUCGAAACGAUUGUUUUUUUCUUCCAAUUUUAUGUCAAAAUGUUUAUGACAAAAAUCUAUUAAACGGCAGUAUUCGAUCGCUGGUAAUGUAUAUAGUAAAAAUGUCGACUUAUUUUAGAUUUUAAGUAAGAAAUUAUGACUGUCUGCAUCUAAAAAUAUAAUUAUAAUGACUGUAUUUAUACCAAACGUACUAGAAACAAUGGAUUUUAUAAAUCAUGUACUUGGAAGGCAUUUAGACAUUAGUUCAAUACAGAGGUCUUACUACCACGUGUUAAAGUAACAUUACUGCAAAAGUUAAAAAGAGAUGGCGUUCUAUAUCAUGUAGUGUGCUCUCACUCUUACACAAAAACAAUUAUAUUACUUUAGGACAUAGUAGUAGGCCAUCAGUUUCUAGUUAUUUUGGACUUUAGAAUCUCAACAUACCUUGCGGUAAUAUGAUUUUGAAAGAUCAAAUAUUAUUGUUUUUUUGUCUUCAAGAUUCCGUUUACUCACCUAUCGCAUUAUAUGUAUUUAUAAAGUAAAGAAAAUCUUCAUCUGUACGAAGUUUUAUACGAUUCGUUCUGCUAGAAGUGCCAAAGAAAAUGAUUUUGGAAUGGUAGUAUUUAUUAGCCUUAUCUGUCCUCUGAAUCUAACAGUUCUUAGUUAAUUUCACUUUAAAAGGAUGUCAAUUAGGCAGGAACUGAGGCAUAGAGCGAAGAAAACUAGAUUUUGAAUGAAACUUCAAGUUAACUGCAUGACAUUCUCGAAAAGGCUUUAUAAGGUUGUGUAUAUCUCUUCUACAAGCUUACUAUAAGUUAUUAAACCUCAAAUCUGAUAUUCUUUGAGGGUCAAAACUUUCAGAAUUUUUCUGAAUGUUCGGUCACCCCACAUAGUUAUGCUGAUUCCUACUUGUUUGGCGAUGACUGAUUCUCUAUUAAGUAUUUUUUAUUUUCGCUGCAAGGGCACACCAGAAACAGUUAUUUCCCUUUAUCAGACUGCACUUGAGUGGGGCCUAAAGUAUCAUAAAUUGACCCCCAUUUUAUGAUAUCAGUAAUAUGGGUUUCGACAAUUUAUAGAUCAAAGCCCUAUCUGUCAUACUUUGGGGGUUUAGUUUCAUGGUACUUUAGACCCCAUCUGAGAUUUUGGGGGCAUAAGUCAUAAGUUUAACAUAAUCACGUACUUGGACAGUGUCUUCGUGUAGUGGUCGACAGAUUAUUGUAAUUGAAUUCAAUACGUUUCAAGUGCGGUUGAUUGUAAACUAAUAUAAUUAAUGUAUUAUAAAUUGUUAAAAUGGGUACGUGAGGUGAGAAGUUCUAGCUAUUACGCGGUCUGAACUAAUUGUAAUUUUAAAAGUGAAAACUGUACCAUAAAUCGGAUUUAAAUAAAAAAUAAUAAAGA